UCAAACAACAACAACAUUAUGUCUGGAAGAGGUAAAACCGGUGCCGGCAAAGCCAGAGCCAAGGCAAAGACCCGCUCCUCCAGGGCCGGGCUCCAGUUCCCCGUGGGCCGUGUCCACAGGCUGCUGAGGAAGGGCAACUACGCCCAGCGUGUCGGUGCCGGCGCCCCCGUCUACCUGGCGGCCGUGCUCGAGUACCUCACCGCUGAGAUCCUCGAGCUGGCUGGAAACGCCGCCCGCGACAACAAGAAGACCCGCAUCAUCCCGCGUCACCUGCAGCUGGCUGUCCGCAACGACGAGGAGCUCAACAAGCUGCUCGGCGGAGUCACCAUCGCCCAGGGCGGAGUCCUGCCCAACAUCCAGGCUGUUCUCCUGCCCAAGAAGACCGAGAAGGCCGCGUCCAAGAAGUAAACACUGACCCUUCAUCAAAACACAACACAAC